AUAUUUACAACAUCCUGAAGAACCACGGCCGUGAGAUUGAAAGCCCCCGUGAUGUGUUAUUGAGGGUUGGUCAGAUGGCCUUCACAGGAGUGUCCGAGAAGAAGAUUGUGUUCACAGAUGGAGAUUUGAUCAAGUACAAUCUGCAGCCUUCCCAGUUCCUGUCCGGGUUCCUGAUGGAACUUUUGGAGAGAGAGGAUUCUGCCCAGAGCGUGGUGUACACAUUCCCACACCUCACCAUCCAAGAGUUUGUAGCCGCACUCGCACAAUUCCUCACUCCAGAUCCCGGAGACAUACUGAAGCUCCUCACUGAAGCCCACAGCACAACGGAUGGGCGGUUUGAAGUGUUUCUCCGUUUUGUUGCUGGUCUCUCCUUCCCAGGGUCAGCUCGGGGGCUGGAGGAAUUUCUGGGUACAUUUUCUCAUCAAACAACCUGCCAAGUUAUUGACUGGGAAGAAAAGAUCAAACGCCAAAUUGGAAACUCAGGAAGUGAAACUGGCAAAAGGAUCCUCCUGAACACAUUGCACUACCUGUUUGAGUCUCAGAACCGUGGACUGGCUCGGGCCACACUGGGGUCAGUGGAAACUCUUUCUUUAGAACUGCGACUAACUCCAAUUGACUGCGCGGUCCUGGCUCAUGUCAUUGGACUCUGUGAGACGAUAAAAUGUCUGAAUCUGCGUGGCUGCUGCAUUCAGUGUGAAGGACUCCAGCGACUGGGACACGGACUGAUUAAGUGCCAGGAAAUUGAACUGGGUGAUAAUGACCUGGGAGACUCAGGAGUGAAACUGGUGUCUGCGGCACUGAGGGACCCGGAGUGUAAAAUACUGAGACUAGGCCUGGACAAGAACGGUCUCACGGCUUCCUGUGCCGACGAUCUCGCUUCCGCUCUCAGUGCAAAUCGCUCAUUAACGGAGCUGGACCUGAGUUUUAACAAACUGGGAGAUUCUGGAGUGAAGCUGCUUUCUGCGGCUUUGAGGAAACCGGACUGUGAAAUACUGAAAUUCGGGACAAACCGCUCACUAACGGAACUGAACCUGGGUGACAAUAAACUGGGAGAUUCAGGAGUGAAACUGGUGUCUGCGGCUUUGAGGAAUCCAGGGUGUAGAAUACAGAGACUGAGGAUGUGGGAGAAUCAGUUCAGUUCAGAUGGAAAGAAUCAGCUGAAGAUACUGCAGGAAUCCAGACACGGACUGAGAGUGACGGUGUGA